AUGACAGUGAUGACCGCGAAAUUGGUGCAUCCAGCGAAACCCUAUGCUAUGACAAGCGAUCCUGAAUCGUUUGCAUACGAAUGCGUUGUUCGGAGAUGGCCUGCCUUGUUAUCCAACGUUGUUGACGAUAUUUCCCGCCAUGUUUCAAAGGCGCUGGAAGCCGGCAUGUCAGAAAAUUCUUCUUACGUUACUCAAGGAAAGUCUAUCAUCAAUAUGCUGAGCCAACUCAAAUAUGACAUACAGCACAACCGUCCUUUGUUACACUUGGAGGGAGAUAAUUCCGACCUGGAGGAAUAUAAUGAAGAAUUGAAUCAAUGCGGUCCCAUGACUUGGGGAGAUGCUCCUUGGCUUUACUCCGAAUGUUACUUUUACCGGAUGAUGAACCUCUUUUUACAAGCUCACUCAGAAUGGAAACGUCAUGAUCCUUUUUUUGACCAAAAAGAUUCCACUUUAAAAUCCAGCCAUGCAGCGAUUGAAGAUUUGGCUGUUCGCUAUGUUAACCUUGAUCAUGAGCUCGAUGCUCUCAAUAAAAAAUACGAGCCCCAAACAGCCUACAUGAUUUUCGUUGAAAUGGCGCAAGUUGCCUUAUGGGGCAAUGCGACUGAUCUUAGUUUAUUGACAAAUUUGACAUAUGAAGAGCUCCAACAACUUCAGGGCCGGAAGGCUGUGGAAGAAGCUCAAAAAAAUGUUUUGGUGAAUGACCUUCCAAAGGUCUGGGAAAAGCUUCAGCAGCACCCAGGUGGACGUGUCGAUUUUGUGUUGGAUAAUGCCGGAUUUGAACUCUAUGUUGAUCUUGUAUUCGCAGCUUACCUUUUGAAAGCAAAAGUUGUUGAUACAGUUAUUUUGCAUCCCAAAGAUAUUCCUUGGUUUGUUUCUGAUGCUUUGGUGAAUGAUAUCCCUCAUGUCUUUACUUCUUUGACAACCUACUUCUCUGGCGAAAGUAUUCACCAACUCGCUUCCGAUCUUCAAGAGUUCCAUGCUGAAGGAAAAAUUUUAAUUCGCCCUAACUCUUUUUGGACCACUGCUCAUUAUUUUGGUCGUAUGCCCGAUUUUGCUCCAGCUUUAGUUGAAGAUUUGGCUAAAUCAGAUAUGGUCAUUUUCAAAGGCGAUUUAAAUUACCGCAAGUUGACUGGCGACUGCGAAUGGCCCAAGACAACUCCCUUCGAAGUGGCUCUCGGUCCCCUUGCUGGAAAAUUCAACAUUCUAGCUCUUCGUACAUGCAAAGCUGAUGUUGUUGUCGGUCUUGAAGAUGGUUUAUACGAAAAGCUUUCUGAACACAUGCUUCAUUGGGAACGAACCGGGAAGUAUGCUGUUGCUCAAUAUUGCCCAAAAAAGUGA